AUGAGUGACAGGGGUUCUGAGCUCCGAACGCUUCGCCAGGAAAUCACUGCUGUCCGAGUUUGGCUAGAAAGGCUCGAGGCCCGAGUAUCUGCCCUGGAAGAGGUGGAGUUAAUCUCUCCCGGGGUGCCUCAGAUACUCCAUCGCAUCCUCGGCCCGGUGAGCCAUCUUCUUCCCCUUCGCCUGGUUCAGGAGGUGGCUGAGAGCGUGGGGCGCUUCUUGCGCCGAGCAUUAGACGGGGCCUACCGAGGCUCUUCUGGACGGGAUCAGUUGAGUGCCAAGGCUUUGUGCAUCCGAGUCCCUGAUAAGGGGCAAAGCAUCUUUGUGGGCUUACCGAGCCAGACUGAGGGAGCCGCUAUCCCGGUUAGCACUCCUGCCUUCCAGAGGCUCCGGGAUUACAUUUUGGAAGGUCGAGAGGCUCAGAUUGGGGAGUUGCGUAUUUCUUCUUCCGAGGGUCCGGAGGUCUCUUGUCAGAUUGUCGUAGUUGGGGAGUUCGAAGGGCAGUUCUUGGUGCUUGCAUCUUCAGAAGAGGACCCCUCCGAGCCACACCGCACUUGGCGGAUGAAGGAUUCCGUGGACUUCGCCCUCGAGGGCGAGCUGCCAUUCCUCACGGCUGUGGAGGACCUAGCCGAGGAAGGUGGCAGCGAGACUCAAGAUGGUGCCGGGGACCAGGGAUUGGAGCAGAGGCUUCGCGACAACUUCAGACGAGUGGUAGAUGCUGCUCGCGCUGCGGGGAUUCCAGAAAGUCAGCUCGCCAAGAUGUCCCAGAUGGCUUCCGCGGGGCGCGGCCGGCUCGGCGGACGGGCCAAGGCAGCACCUCAGCGGGUGGCGGAUCCGCUGGACGAAUCGGACGAGGAGGAGGAGUUUUACGGACCCCCAGGCCUGUCUCCUUCUGAUCAGGAGGCUGGGCCAUCUUUGGUGUUUAAAGGUGGUGAGCUUGAGGACAUGAGAGCCAGCGUGGGACUGACGCGCCGAGCUUUAGAGGCUGCGAAAGCGUGCGCGGCACAGUGGGUGACGUUCGUCUUGGUUCGGAGCAAGCUAUCUCUGGUGUGUUCGCGAGCACCCCGAGUUUUUCCCAGUGACCUGUGGUCUAGUCAUCGCAUGGGUCUCGGAGAGCCGCUGACCAAGGUUCAGUUCAAAGCCUUGAGCUCUUUGCGACGAGGAGUUGAGGACUGGAACCGCUCUGGACCUUUCGGACCCGAGGAGCUUGGGCGCGGCGCGCCGAAGUUUGAGAGUCUGUACGACAUGCUCCAUGCCUGUCAGGAGGAGUACAGUAAGCUGCCUGCAGGAGCUGCUUUGGAGGAGGCUGCUUUCAGCUUCAGUGCCCCAUGUCAUGCGCUUCCCGUAGAGCCUGACCGACUGAACUUCGUCGGUCGUCCAAGCUUCGACCCUCGUCCGUAUCUUGAUACCGCCAACCGACGAACCUACGAGGACCCUAUCCGAUUUGCUGAGCCCCUAACUGAGGAGGUUCAGCUCCCUCAUGUCGCCGUCCGGGCGAGCAAGGAUCAGGUGAGGCGGCUUCUGGAGCUCCUUGAUUCCUCAGGCCGGCUGGCUCUUUUCACUAAGGGCGAUGUAAGGCCUGGUGUCAGGAGCGGACUGUUCUCGGUGCCAAAAGACGGCAAGCGGGAUAGGUUUGUGCUUGACGCACGUCCUCCAAACGCCCUUGAGUGCAGCGAGUCUAGGUGGAUUAGGUCUUUGGGCACCCUUGAGCAAAUCCAGUUCAUGCAUCUUCCGGAGGAUUGCAAUCGUGAGAUUCACGCCGAAGAUCUUAAAGAAUUUUAUCACAGCUUCAUUGUCUCGUCCAUUCGAAGUGCACGAAAUUCUUUAGCGCUGGAGCUCUCUUCUGAAGAUGUAGCGCAUCUGUCGGUCUGUUCCAAGGCGAUGAGGAAUCAAAUCAUAAUCCCAGCCUUGGGAACCAUGGCAAUGGGCGACACGAACGCCGUCGCUUACGGCCAAACAUCCCAUCUUUCGGUGCUAUACUUCCCUGCGUCUCUCCGACUUCCUGUCUUUGCAAGGAUCAUGCGGGAAGUAGUCGAUGGCUACCGAGCUAGCGGGCUCCCUCGCCAUGAAGGCAAAUCGGUCUCUCGGGCCAGUGUCGGUGAUUUCUGGGGUGGCCAGCUCGACGGGAAAACAGGUCUCCUGCGGCCGAGUCCUAAACGGGUCAGUGGGCUUGCUGCCUUCCUCCUUGAGGUUGUCCGCGGUGGAGUGACGUCAGUUGGCAUGCUAGAGGUGAUCACCGGUAGCCUUGUCUCAAGUUUGCAGCUGCGAAGGAGGCUUCUCUCACUGCUUGACGAGGUUUAUGCGGCGCAGCAGCAUCGUCCUCGCAACGCGUUCCUUCGCGUGCGGGGGGACCUUUGCAACGAACUCUUGGCGGCUACAGUGCUCCUCUGCCAGGUCGACGUCGACAUCCGAGCUCCCGGUGCUGCGUUGGUGCUAACUACUGACGCUUCGUCUACCGCCGAGGCCGGAGCCGUGGCCGAGAUCCCAGCUGAGCUUUCGGUUGAGCUUAGUCGGCAUAGCUUGCAACGUGGACUGUGGAGCAGACUGCUCAGUCCAGCGCAGGCUUUCUUGCAGGAGAGAGGAGAUCUUGAGGAAGGACAAGCUCUUCCUGGAGAUUCUUACACCUCUCACCCUUUGUGGGAGGAAGUCUGUUGCUCCUUGCAGUUUCGGCAGUUUGGGAAGAUUGUCAAGGUCGCCAAGCGGCGGCAUAUCAAUGUAGGCGAGGUGCGAGCCGCCAUUCGAGGCGAAGAGGGUAUCGGUAGACGCUAUCCCGGCUCCCGUUACGUUCACCUCCAAGACAGUCAGGUCAGCCUUGCGACCUUCGUCAAGGGGCGAUCGUCAUCGAGGGCCAUCAACUUUGAGCUCCGCACAGAGAAACUUUCAGCUUCCCAGCGUGCCGAAGCUCUCUCGCUGGGCUUUGUUCUUCCUCCUGCAGGAGGCUCCGAGGAGUUGACUAAGGUUUGCGAUUGUCCGGCUCCGAUUCCCCGAGCUGUGCGACCUCCCGGAGGCAAGGUUUCUACUACAGGAAAGCGCCAUGCCAAGCAGACCCAUUGCCCCUUGCGCAUCGAUCCCUUUCAUUUCAGCGUUGGCUCCCCUGGUGUUGAGCCUGCCUUCACUUCGAGCCGUUCUCAGCCAUGUGCUUCUGAUCGGGCCAGCCCUUUGCCCAGCACCGUCUUCCAGUCUCUCAGAGCCAUGCCUCCUGGGAGGUUUGUCUACUCCUCUGCUUUCCCUGAUUUGGACUCCGCUUUGAGCUCGGGUUCGGGGUGGCUUGACCUUUUUUCAGGGGUGAGGGGUUUCGCCAAGGCUUUAGCUGCCGCCGCGCCAUGUUGGAUACUUUGUCUGGAUGUCAGCCAUGGAGAAGAUGAGGACCUUUUGGAUCCAGAUCUGCAAGGGUCCAUCUUCGAGCUGCUUCGAGACGGAGCAUUCGCUGGCGUCAGCGCUGCUCCGGUCUGCGCCUCCUUUUCGAGUGCUAUUGUCCCUACAUGGAGGAGUCGCGAUUAUCCCCAGGGGAAACCGGGGUUGAGGCUCGAUCAAGCCGAGAAAGUCAUCAAGGGCAAUCUCUUCCUGGAGUUUCUUCUCGAAGUCAUCGUCGUAUGUGAAGAAGUCGGCGCUAUCUACUGGAUCGAGAAUCCAUCUAGCAGUUGGUUCUGGCGCCAGCCUGCGUGGAGCUCGGUGCUUGCUCGACUAAUGGGCAGCUGCGCGGCAAACGACUUCUUUGUCCUCGCGCUCAUGUUCAUCGCGUCCUUCGAGGUCGCGACCCCGACAGUGGUGUCUCCUGGACAAAACUUGCUGAGCCGUAUCCCAAGGGUCUUUGCAACAUGCUCGCAGCUGCAUGUACAUCUGAUGUCGGCUGGCUCGGCGAACACCGUGAUCUCGAUCUUAGCCGAUGUGCUAAAUGUUCUGGCGCUCGGAUCGGCGAAGCUUCGAAUCCAGGACCACGGAGGCCUAGGAAUCAUCGCGCCUCUCAGCGCCUGGAGGAGUCCCGAGCUUCUGGUCGAGCUGCUCAAAGGGUACGGUCAGUUUCUCUAUGACCAUGGGGCUUCUUCGCAAGAGUUUCGUCAGCUGCUGGCUCACGCACAACACGUCUUCCCCCGCGUACGAUGCUGCCGAAUAGGCGAGGUCCUAUCCGCUUUCAGAGGCGACCUCCUUACUCCGAGCGACCUUCUUCGAGAUGAUCGGCGUUUUUACAUCGUCUUCCGA